AACGCGGCGAGCUCUGUUGAGUGAAUGAAAACGCGUCGCACAACAGAAACAGGCAGCCCCCCGACUUGCAGAGCGAGCCCCAACAGUGGGCGGUCGAGCAACAAGCAGCGCGAGAGAGAGAGAGAGCAGUCCAGCAGUGAUCCAAGAUGGGUGGCGGUGAUGCAGACAACGGCAAGAAGAUUUUUGUGCAGAAAUGCGCCCAGUGCCACACCGUCGAAUCGGGAGGCAAGCACAAGGUUGGCCCCAAUCUAAACGGCAUUGUGGGACGCAAAUCCGGCAGUGCUGUGGGCUACAAGUACACGGAAGCCAAUCAAAAGAAGGGUGUCACUUGGACCGAUUCCGCGCUGGACGAAUAUCUCAAGGACCCAAAGAAAUAUAUACCUGGCACCAAGAUGGUUUUUGCAGGACUCAAAAAGGCCGAAGACCGGGCCGAUUUGAUUGCCUACCUCAAAAAAAAUAAGUAAAACAUUUCGAAACAACAGCUACACAGACACUAACACUA